CUGAGCUUGAAGUUGCUCAUUGCUCUCAGGCAGCCUGACAUGGCACAACGUCAUAGCUGCUCCAUGGGGCUACUCUGCCCUCUCUACCCUCAACAUCACCAGGACUGAGCUGCUGGAAGUAGCACACCACCAUCAUCUUCUCUUCACCAUGGCUCCUUGCCAGGAGGUCAACUUCUCGGAUCUUAUGUUGAACCUGAGCUCCAGCCCUGGCAGCAGCAGUAGCAGCAGUGCAGGUGGGCAUACCCUCGCCCUCUCAGAGAAGUGGAUGGUAGGAGCAGCUUUGGCUUUCAUGAUCUUGAUGAUCGUCUUUGGAAAUCUUCUGGUCAUCAUCGCCAUAACCAAAACUCCAAGGUUGCAAACCAUGACCAACGUGUUUAUCACCUCUUUGGCUUGCGCCGACUUGAUCAUGGGAGUUCUGGUGGUGCCACCUGGUGCCACCAUCCUCAUCACUGGGGACUGGCUAUAUGACAACAUUGUUUGUGAGUUGUGGACCUCUGUGGAUGUCCUGUGUGUCACUGCCAGCAUCGAGACUUUGUGUGUCAUUGCUGUGGACAGAUACAUUGCCAUCACUUCACCUUUGAAGUAUGAGAUGUUGGUGACCAAAACCAGGGCAAGGUUGGUAGUUUGCUUUGUAUGGGCAGUAUCUGCCUUGAUCUCCUUCUUGCCCAUCAUGAACCACUGGUGGAGAGAUACCAACAACCAAAUAGCCCAGGACUGUUACAAUGACCCCAAAUGCUGCGAUUUUGUCACCAAUAUGCCCUACGCCAUCAUAUCUUCCACCAUCUCCUUCUAUGUUCCCCUGGUCAUCAUGAUCUUUGUCUAUGUCAGGGUAUUUAUAGUGGCCACCAAACAAGUCAACUUGAUCGAGAAGGACAAGGUGAGAUUUAAUAAUGGAACACCGGUGCUUUCCACCAAAAACAGAAGGACUUCCAAAAGAAGACCCUCAGGGUUAUUGGCCAUCAAAGAACACAAGGCCCUUAAGACUUUGGGCAUCAUCAUGGGCACCUUCACUCUCUGUUGGCUUCCCUUUUUUGUGGCCAACAUCAUCAAAGUCUUCUGCACUGCCUUAAUAGAUGACCAGAUCUUCUUGUUCUUGAACUGGUUGGGCUAUGUGAACUCAGGGCUAAACCCUAUCAUUUAUUGUAGAAGUCCAGAUUUUAGGAAAGCCUUUAAGAAACUUUUGUGUUGCCCCAGGACUGCAGACAGAAAGCUCCACGCUCUGUCUAAGGACCCUAGAAGGUGCCAGUACUCCUCUAGCAACCAGCUAAGCUGUGAUGGGACCAAGCACUUGGCAGAUGCUGAGCUGGGCAAUGGAAGCCUCAGCAGUAGUAGUCGUUGUAGCAGCAGGACUGAGGAGACCAGCCUGAAGAAGAGUCCAGGCAACUUUCACCAUCCUGACCGGCCUGACAUGUAAGCCACUGAAUGGAGCCUUCAUUCCAUUGAGUCAAUGGGGUUGACCCCUGUGUUUUACAGAAGAUGAUGCUUUGCACAAUCUUUACCAGACGGAGAUGACCACGAUCUUCAUGCGUGUUGUCCGUGUGUUUAGCAUGUUCUACGUAUGGAGGCACCAAGAGCAAAUCCCAGACGUGUUUACUUGAUGCUGAGGGUAGAGGUGGCUCCUGACAUGUUAUGUAUGUGUUUUAGAUUCCCCUUUUGUAUCUGAAUUGAGACUACUGUUUCCUCUGGAAAAACAAAAAAACACACAAGUAAAAAACAACACCGUCAUUUUUAGCAUUGAGUGUACACAUGUAGCAGAGCUGAGUUUGUCUUUUGACACAGGAAUUCUUCUCUGUAGAACUGACAUUAGUACAUCAACUUACAGCCAUCCCUGACAUUAAAGUACAUAUUCAGCUCUGCUAUAUUUCCAGAAGCAGAAGCUGCAGAGAUGAAUUUGUCGUCUUAAGGCUUUUUCUUUAGUAGCUUAUUAAAGGGGUAUUCCGGCUGUUAAAAGUUAUCCCACCGCUGGGACCCCCACCAAUCUCACAUUUAUUUAUUCUUUAUCCUGUGGAUAAGGUUUACAUAGAUAUAGGCAUGGCAGGUUUACCUGCAGUCCUAUGUAAAACUAGAGUGACGUGCCAAUAACAAAUGAGGCUCUGUUUACAUAUUGUAUACCUACACAGGAGGGGCAGAGAUGAAUUUGUUAUGUGUCUCUUUUUGGGGGAAAUCCAGGUAGCUAGCUAAAUAGUAAUUUUACCUGCAGUCCUAUGUAAAACUUAAGUAAAUGCAUCAUUUACUUCAAUUCAACCCUGCUACUUAUUUGUGUAUCUACACAGAAGCAGCAGAGCUGAAUUUGUUAUUCGGUUAUUUUCUCUAAGAAAGCAGGGAGCACACUGAAUAUAGACAAGCAAGCAGUAGAUUUACUGCAGUCCUAUGUAAAUGUAUCAUCAGAUUUGCCAAUAACAAAUUCAGCUCUGCUGCGUAUGUUAUGCCUACCCAGAAUGAGCAGAGCUGAGUUUGUUAUUCAGUUAUUUUCUCUAAGAGAGCAGGGAGCACACUGAAUAUAGACAAGCAGCAGAUUUACUGCAGUCCUGUGUAAAUGUAUCAUCGGAUUUGCCAAUAACAAAUUCAGCUCUGCUGCCUAUGUUAUACCUACUCAGAAGGAGCAGAGCUGAGUUUGUUAUUUAACUGUUUUCUGUAGGGAGCCAACUGAAUGGAGAUGAGUGGUGCAUUUACCUAAAGAAAAACAUCAUUAAAGCCACGAUGAGUUGUGCCAAUAACAAAUUCGGCACUGCUACAUAUUGUGCAUCUGUAUAGAAGUGGCAGAGGUGAAUGCGUUAUUGAACUCCUUUCUUUAGUACAUCCAGGUAGCUAACUGAAUGUAGAUGUGUAGAACAUUUACCUGCAGUCCUAUGUGAAUCUUCAGCAAAGACAGAAUUAGAUGAGAAGGUGUUGUGCUGAUAACAUAGCCCUGCUACUUAUUGUAGAUCUACACAGAAGUAGCAGAGUGGAAUUUGUUACCUAACCCUUUCUUUAGUGCAUGCAGGUAGCUAGCUGAAUGUAGAGGAGCAGUAGAUUUACCAGCAGUCCUAUGCAAAACUUAAGAGAAAGCAUCAUUAAAUCAGCAGUUGUGCCAACAGCAAAUUCAGCUCUGCUCUUCUGCAGUGCAUCUAGUUAACUAAAUAUAGAUAAGCAGUAGAUGUACCUGCAGUCCCAUGUAAAGUGAAACCAUUAUUAAAUCAGAAUGAGCUGUGCUAAUAAUACAUUCAACCCUGCUACAUAUUGUACAGUAUGUCUACACAGAAGCAGCAGGGUUGAAUUUGUCAUUUGACUCUUCUCUGUAGUACAGUGAGUAGCGAUAAGUAAUGGUUUUACCUGCAGUCCCAUGUAAAACCAAAGUGAAAAUGGUAAUCUGCGUGAAUUGUGUCCAGAACAAAUUCAGCUCUACUGCAUAUUUUAUACCUAUUCAGAAACGGCUGAAUUUGAGAUUUAACGCUUUUUUGUCGUCCAUUCCGUUAGCGAAUUGAAUAGAAAUAAGCAUCAGAUUUAGCUGCAGUCCUAUGCAAAACCAAAGUGAAAACAUCAUUCAAUCAGAAUGAGCUGCCUGUGCCAAUAACACAUUCAGCACUGCUACAUAUUGUACCUCUGCACAGAGGCAGCAGAGCCGAAUUUGUCACUUAGCUCUUUUCUGUACUACAUCCAGGUAGCUAACUACUACUACUACUAAAACAUCAUUACAUCAGGGGUUGUGCCAAUAACACAUUCAGCUCUGCUACAUAUGAUAUACCUACACAGAAGCAAUGGUCAUUUAGCUCUGGAUAACGAUGCCUGAAGUCCCGUGUCACGUGAAGACAUUAUGGUAAUCUGCAUGAAUUGUGUCAGUAACAAAUUCAGCUCUGCGGCAACUGGCAGAGCUGAAUUUGUUAUUUCACUCUUUUCUGUAGUACAUCCAUGUGGUUAGCUGAAUAGAUAUGAGUGCGGUGGAUUUACCUGCAGUCCUAUGUAAGACCAAAGUGAAUACAUCAUGGUAAUCUGUAUGAAUAACAAAUUCAGCUCUGCUACAUCUGGAUAUAGAAUCUCUUCAGCACUUUGACGUGCUGAUAUGAGCAUAGGCAUUAUCUUGCGGUAAAUUGGAUUUACUUGGUUGCUAUUAGCUACGGACCCCCCCCCCCCCCCCCACCUAUCCUCAUCAUGUACAGUGGGUCAUACUGCCGUCUCCCCUCCCCCGUCAUAUGGGGAUUACUGCUGUGUAACAACUCGUAUGGCCAGUUUGUAAAUGAAGUGUCCGGUCACAGUAUGUCACUGGUGCAGGGGACAUGACCAGCACCGCCCUGGGGAGUCCGACAACUGGUAGCAUAGUCACAUUUCCUCCAUAGGGCAGCAUUAUAAAGCCGCAGAGCAAAACAGAAUGUAUGACCAAGGAAAUUGUCAGGCGUAACACUUUAUAUGGCAUGCAGAUGUAGCAGAGCUGACUUUGUCACUUGGGUGAAAUAGUAGAAUUACCUUUAGCCCUCAGAUACCACACCGAUAUAUAUUAUCGCGAGCAGUGCCAACGACAAAGCCGUCUCUGCUCUACUAUGUGGACGCAGCGAACUGGAGAUUACAGACACAGCGGAGUGGAGUUUGUUACGUCGUAUACAUGACACAGUAAACUAACACAGUGGGAUAUCAGGCUUUAAAUGACUCAGCAGUGCUGAGUUUGUCGUUUGGCACAAUGUCUUAUACCUCUGCGGAGUGUUUUUUUUCUUUCUUUUAUAUGUGGUUUUACGUAGGACUGAUAUCUCUUUUUACGCAUUGUAGAGUUUAAAGGGGUUUGUCUCAUCGCCGACGACCCCCUUUAAAGGGGUUGGUCCAUGCCGUCACUGUCAGAUAGGUGGGGGUCCCGCUUCUUCUUUACGGGACCCGCUCAUGUGGACGCAGGGUGAAUAAAGGGUGGCCACGCUUGCGCAGUGCACCCUCCUCCACUCCAGGGGCGGGGGGGGGGGAUAUGGGAGGUGGGACCCACACUUAUCAGACAUUGAUGUUAUAGCCAUGCAGUAUUCCAUCAAUAGCUCAGAUGAAGACCCCUUCCCCCUUUAAAAUGAGCUCCUGAGACCCCCCGACCAUCAGCUGAUUUUGCUGGGGGGAGGUUGACAUUCACUGUCUGCGGGUUUAACCGUGCGGCGCCCACUACAGGGGAAAUGCAGUAUUACACUCCACCAUUUAAACAAGUGACCUAACAGAGUCCUGAGCGGGGGACCCCUCUAUAACCUAUUAGGGUUGUCUUGAUCAGGCGACCCCUUUAAAAAAAACAACAUAUUCAGCUCUGCUACAUCUAUGUGUAUACACAGUAUCCGGGACAUAGCAUUUCCCAGUUUUGGUGCAAUGGUUGCCAGUCACCCACAUGCAGUACGUUUUGCACAUGACACGCACACACGUGUACAGCAUUACAGAGGGUAUUAAUGUAUAAUGUGUAGAGUUGUAUAAAUUAUAAUCUAAGUUAUGUAUAUACAGUAUUACUGGAGUAAAUAUCUGUCUAUUUUUCUAUAUGUAAUUAAAUGUGUACCAUGGCACAA